AUGGAGGAGGAGAAAGAAUGGGUGUCAGGUGAAGGCUGGAUUUCGGAUGAGUCGAGCUUCCAUGGUGAUGAAGAAGAGCACGAGCUGUUACUGUCAACCUGCAAGAGGGUAGAAGCAGAUGAGUUCUGGUCUCACCGUAAAGGUGACCCGAACUACAUUGCCAUGCAAGCCCGUAAAAAGCCACCUGUUGUGCUCUAUAACGUCUUCCAAGGCACACCUUCGGCCUGGCAAUUGAACGAACCGGUGCAGGACUUUCUGAAGCGCCUGCCUCCAGUCACCUCUUCUCCUGCCCAGUUUGUGUGGAUAUGGGUUGCUAACCCAUACCCGGAAGGGCGACACGCGCUGAAACCUACCAAAAGUCUAGACUUCGUCCCACGUGGGACACAGUUGCUUGAGCAAGCUAGGCGGGAUCGUGAGAAGAUUAGCCAGGGAAAUGCUCGGAAGGCCGAAAGCACGCUGCGAAAGCUACUCAAUCAGCAAGCUGAAGCUCUCAAACAGAGGAUCGUUGAUCUAGCAGUCGAUACAGAAGUACUCUCUGGAAAGUGGAUGUUGUUCCCUGCACUGGACGAUGUGCCGCGAGUCUGGAAAUUGAUUGUCGAAGGAACCAUCAACAAUCGUCUCGGGUUCGCAGCAAAGGUCGCGACCGACGAAAUCGACGGUGACAGCCGACUCAUAUGCGUGUACACGAAGGAUUUCCGUGACAACGAAGACGUGCUGCGCGUCCUCAAAGAGCUGGUUUCUCUGGGCCUGGUCAACUCGGGUAAAGCCAUCUACUACAAAUGCGAUGCGUACACGCAGCUCGAGAUCUAUGGAAAAAAUGCGUAUGGGUUGCCAGCCAGCGUGUAUUCCAGCCAAAAGAUGCAUGCUUCAGCCAAGUUUCGUAAACAGAGCUCUGCCCCGGGAAAGAAGCAAUCGACGCUCUCCUUCGCACGUCAAGCCCCUGCUCAGAAGCCGUCCCAGGCCAUGUCAAAGAACUGA